AUGCCCAAGACCGGCUACUUUAUCCUCCGGUACCUCGCAAGCGGCAUCCUUAUGCUCAUUGGGUCCGUCUUGAUGUACACUGUGCGCUUCGAUACCCGCGCCGCCAACGUCUACGGGUACUCCAUCCUGAUGGGUCUAAGCAUGACCACCACGCAGGCUGCCUAUGCAGUGGGACCAGCCCUGGUGACUCCAGACCGGGUGGCCGAGUGCAUUCAGUUCAUGAACAUCGGCCAAGGCCAGAGUCAACCGCUGGGAUUGGCCAUCGCAAGUGCCAUUUUCCAAAGCAAGACACUUAGCGGGCUCAACGACCUGUUAGGGAGCAAGGGUUAUUCGCAAACAGAAAUUGAAGGUGCCGUCGCCGGCGCCCAGAGUACCCUAUUGGAGAAGCUGCCCCCGGCUUUGAAGGUACAAGCCCUGUUAGUGAUUGUGGAUGCGAUCGAUGCUGUCUACGUGAUGGCGGUUGCGGCGGGGCCUUGUACGUCGCUGCAUCCUGCAUGCUGCCUCCUCGUCGGUUCUAGAUCAUUUUGGGAGGGAGCAGCUAUGUAG